CUGGAAUUGCUUGCGGUGAAAUCGCAUGAUUUGCGCGCAUUCUCGUAGGAAAUCCCGGAGUUCUCUUUGUGCGAUAUUCUUCGGUUGUGAUCUCUGGCGUUUACAAGGCGUGCUAGCGCCUUGACACACGGCGGGUAAUCGCCGUACUAACUGACGUAUACACGGGCUCUCUAUUGUGGUUAGAAUUAUUGUGGGAAAUAUAGCAAAGACUGAUGUUGCGUCACGUCAUGUUUCUAUAUUUGUCAUUGCGAACGUAAUGAUGGUAAAGAUUCCCUGCUUCACCUGUUUUGCUAUCUGUCACGUGUACAAAUGUAAUCCUGUCAAACAAUUGCGUCGAAGUCAAAAACUUGUUGUUGGGAAGCAAAGUUUUUUUAUAUCGUAUAUUUACUUGUUCCACGAUCCAUGAAAUAUCUAAUCGAUUAAACAAUUGACUGUUACAUGCACAGAAUAUGCUACAUAAUUUUUGUAGAAAAGAAUGUAGAAGCAAAGAGAGAAACUGAGAGUUGUACUGCGACUGGCUGCCAACAUCUUUGAUGGCUGAUAUCUAGUAGCCUGCGUGUAGAAGUAGACCUUGCCUCUCUCUAUAUUGUGUCUAUCCUGAAUCUAUAGAUGUCUCAGCUUGAUCUAGAGGUCACGGGUAUCUCGCGCAGUGGCCGGGUAAGGAAGAAAUCCUCCAAGCUAGUCGACUUUGAGUCACCCGACGAUCUUGCAGAAAAUAAGCAUAAACGACAGAUAAAGGCUCAGCAACAGGCACAUCAGCAGCUGUUGGAUCAAUAUGAAAUAUCACAGCAUCAUCAUCAACAACACCAACAGAUAUCGCCCACCCAGCAGAGUGGGCGACAGAGGAAAAUUUCUGGUUCCAAUCAGUUGCAGCAGAAAAUCAAGAUAGAACCACCCAUAUCUGACAAUGAGGGGCAAUCAUCGGCAUCAGAUUCCGACGAUCCCUCUGGGAUAAAUGAGGAUGACAGAUAUAGCAUGGAUUCUGGGAGUGACAAUGAGGUUGAUCCUCUUAUGAUAGAUGAUAGAGAAAUGGGGUUCAGGAAGCUAGAACCGCCUGCAGGUCAGGAAACACCAUCGCAAGCAAAUAGUUUAUAUAUGCUUGAAAAAUGUAAAAAAAAGUUAAUUAUUAAAGAUGGGAAAAUUAUAGGCAAGACAAAGGCUCAACGCAAGGAUAAAGGGAAGACGAGAUUUACUGCUUACAUGCUAUGGUCAAAGAAAAUUAGGCAAGAAUUGGUAGAGCAAUCUCCUUCCAUGGAUUUCGCGGCAAUUUCUAAGCGAUUAGGAGAGCUAUGGGCUACAGUACCACAUCUGGAAAAGUAUAAUUGGCGCAGGCGUGCGAAACGCUUAGCAGCAAAACCUCACAUUUUACCGACCAGUAAAGAUGAACCUAUCUGGAAAAUGCCACCACCCGCCUCGCGAAAAAAAUUCAUUAAUAAAAUUGGUAAUGGCAAAGAAACGAAGCCUGCUUCUACGAAAAAGACCAUUCAGCUCGGCGUGCCGUCCGUCGUGGGCAACGUUCCUGUGUCACCACCAGCGAAUCGUGUCAACAGAGAUAUGGCGAAUGAGACAUUGAUCGGCACUGGAAUGUACAAAGUUACCGGGACACAGCCCAUUGACGUCGCAGCUCAUCUAAAAUUGCUGGGUGAGAGCCUGACGAUUAUCGGGGAACGCUUGAAGGAACACGACGGUCAGAUUGCGGUUUCGGGCAGCCUCUCGGUAUUAUUGGACUCGUUGCUCUGUGCCUUAGGUCCGUUAGUUUGUUUAACGCAACAAGUGCCGGAAACUAACGGAGCUAAAUCUGAAACGCUGUCCGAGAUGCUUGAUAAUAUUGCUUACUUAAUGCCCGGUCUAUAAUAUAUGUACAAAAUAUAUUAAGUAUACGAUACAGGUUAACUAAAAUACAUAAAAUUGUCUAGAACAAUGUAAAUAGAGUUACAUGGCAAAUAGUUAGAAAAUACAGAAAGAUUAUAGUAGAGAUAUUUAAGAACUCACAUAUACAUAAGAAAUAGUAAAUAAAAUUGGAGACUUAAAUCAUUUAUUUGAGACGCGAGUUCAAAUCAUUAAAAAAAAUAUUUUCGUUAUAUUUUAACUACUCUUCUCAGAUUAUAAUGUUUUAUAUAAAUAAUAUAUUUGUGUAUGAAAGUGAUAAUAAAUAUUUAAUUAGUCCUAUUAUACAAAGCUAACUGUACAUGUGUAGCAUGCAGUGAUGUAGCAUCUACUGCUCCGGCAAGAUAGGCGGGCAUGUACAGAAUAGAUUCUUGUCGCCAUAUAUGUCGUCUAUCCUGCCGACGCUAGGCCAAAUCUUGUUUUUUCGCACAAACGGCUAAAAUGACGAUUAAAAUUCAGAUUAAGGUACGUUCAACCAAAGAAAGCGUCCGAUAAAAUACUCACAGCAGGGAAAGCCCCCAACUCUCGCGAAUACAGACGAUUCCACUCGCUCGUGAUCACUUGUUCCUGUGUAUGAGGUGCCAUUUUCAGAGGAUUCUGUACUAUAUCUAAUUUUCCUCCUUCGAUAUCGGCAAUCUCCUUUCUUAUGGCUGCCAAUAAAUGUAAACGUGAGCAAGCGACGAGAGUAUACUAGCAUUUUUUAUACUUACAUUUUUAUAUUUAAUAAUGAGAUAUCUGUAGUGGUAUCUAAUCGUCUCUAAAACUUACAGAUUAAAGAAUCGCAAAAUCUAUCCAGUUCAGUCUUGUCCUCGGAUUCAGUCGGUUCGACCAUUAAAGUCCCGGCUACGGGCCAGCUCAUGGUCGGCGCGUGGAAACCAUAGUCCAUCAGUCUCUUCGCAAUAUCAACUGCCUCGAUAUUGGCAGUCUUCUUCAGGUCUCUCACGUCCAAAAUAAACUCGUGCGCGACUAGUCCGGUCUCGCCUUUGUACAGUGUUUUAUAAUAUCCUUCUAGUCUCUUGCUCAUGUAAUUGGCAUUGAGAAUGGCUAUCUGCGUAGCUUUGCGUAAGCCUUUCGGCCCCAUCAUCUUGAUGUAAGCCCAUGAGAUCGGUAAAAUAGCGGAUGAUCCGAAAGGCGCGGCCGACACAGCACCUAAAUUCCUGAUGUCGUUGUUACCGUUGCCGUUACCCGAGCAAUUUAUUACAGGAUGACUCGGCAGAAAAGGUAUAAGAUGUUUCUUUCUGCAAGUUAAAUUUGAGAGUUUAAGUUUUAAAGUCGCAUAAUCUUCAACGAAUGUAAACGCAAGGAUUGGAAGAAGCAUUCACUUACACUCCAAUAGGACCCAUGCCGGGUCCGCCACCUCCGUGAGGAAUGCAGAAGGUUUUAUGCAAGUUGAGAUGCGACACAUCGCUGCCGUAAUCGCCAGGCCGACACAGCCCCACCUGAGCGUUCAUGUUAGCGCCGUCCAAGUACACUUGCCCGCCAGCGGCAUGAACUAUGUCGCAUACAUCGCCAAUCGUCUCCUCGAACACGCCGUUCGUUGACGGAUACGUUAUCAUCAGGCACGACAACGUCUGCUGGUACUUAUCGACCAUCUCCGUCAAGUGCGUCAUGUCUACAGAACCAUCCUUGCGUACUGAUAUCGGUUCCACCUGCAUACCCGCCAUUUGAGCAGACGCGGGAUUCGUGCCAUGCGCCGACGUCGGGAUCAAGCACACCUGCCUGCAUUUGUCGCCUCUAGACUCGUGAUAACACUGAAUCGCCCUCAAGCCCGCGUAUUCGCCCUGCGCCCCGCUGUUCGGCUGUAAACUGACGGCAUCAUAGCCGGUGAUCGCGCACAGAUCUCGCUCCAGUUCGGCGAAUAGUCGCUGGUAACCCUUGGCCUGCUCAACCGGGGCGAAAGGAUGUAUGUCUGUGAAGCCCUUCAAGCUGCAGGGCAUCAUUUCCGUCGUCGAGUUGAGUUUCAUCGUGCAAGAACCCUGGUGAACGAUAGAGAUACAAAAGGGAUCCAAACGCUCAGAUCUGCUCGUCUGUGAGACAACGAUCACUUACCAAUGGAAUCAUACUGUGUACAAGAGAUACAUCCUUGUUUUCCAGAGAUUUCAUAUAUCUGACUAUCCUCGACUCGGAAUGAUAACUGUUGAAGACGGGAUGUUGCAAGUACGGAAUGGUACGAUGAAAAUCCUCCGUUUUAUCCAAACUUCUCGUGAGGUAAUUCUCUUUCCUGACGACGUUAUUCACUGUAGUGUUCGCCGAGAAUAUCUUGAAGAGAUCGUUCACGUCCUCUAUCGUCGUUGUCUCGUCGAGAGAUAUCCCAACUGUACCAUCGUUGUGGUAUCUAUAAGUUUCCACGUUGCAGUUUUACUCAUAAAAUCGCAAUAGACUGUUUUCAGUGCCUAACUGUCUAACAUAUCAUCGUCACGUCUCAAACCGUACAACGGAGGAGGUACAAACCUUAAGUUUAUCUUAGCUUCCCUCGCAUUCUCCUUCACAGUUUGCACAGGGAUCUUCGGUGACACUCUGAUGGUAUCGAAGAAGUAUAUAUUCUUGAUCGAGUUCCCCGCUGCUUCCAAGCCGUCCACAAGAGCCAACGUUAAAUUGUGAACUCUGCUCGCGAUAUUUCGUAUACCUUGAGGUCCGUGAUACACCGCAUACAUCGCGGACAUGUUAGCUAACAGAGCUUGUGCGGUACAGAUAUUACUGGUGGCCUUGUCUCUUCUGAUAUGCUGCUCGCGCGUCUGAAGGGCCAACCGGUAAGCUUCUCGCCCGCUGGAGUCUCUCGUCACGCCUAUCAUUCUACCGGGCAUCAGCCGUACCAGCUUCUGCCGGCACGCAAAGAAUCCAGCGUGAGGCCCGCCGUAUCCAAGAGGGACCCCGAAACGUUGACUGGUGCCUACGCAUAUGUCGACUCCGAACUCACUCGGCGGUUGGAGCACGGCCAUCGCCAGCAAAUCAGUGGCAGAGCACACGAGUGUCUGAUAAGAGUAUAAGAGUGAAGCCCAAGGAAGUGGCGCGCGUCGCGAUCACGCUGAUGGUCUGCGGAUGCGCCUUGUCGGAGACGAACAGCUUCUUCCGUCUGUUAUACCUGCAUGCGAGAGUCAGAGCCUCCGCCGCUGCCGUCCCUUCGUCCAAGAGAGAGGCGUUCGCCACUUCCAUGCCGGUUAAAUCACAUAUCAUAGUUUGGUAGUUCAGCAAACCUUCCAGCCUGCCCUGCGAGAUCUCGGGCUGAUAAGGAGUGUACUGUGUCGUCCUGUGGCAACAAGAUUUUUGUUUCAUACAAAACAAGAGUUUUGCGUUUAUUCGCUACUUCACUUUAGUUUUUAGCGUACCACCCCGGAUUUUCAAAAAUGUUACGCAUAAUCGUGUGCGGCACGCAGCAGUUGUUGUAACCCAUGCCUAUGUAAGAGCGCCAUACAUCAUUUUCUUCUGAAAUCUUCGUGACUCGUUUCAUUAGCUCGUACUCGGCUAUAAAAGGGCAAGUCUGCGUUGUUACUUCGUAAUAAUGUAAAAUUCACUUCGCGUUCAAUCGAUAUCCAUGAAAAUUAUAUCCUUUAAGUAAACAUCGAACAUACGAUCAGUGAAGCGUAAUGUUAUAACGUACUAUGUAUACGUAUGUAAUGUCGCGAUAAGAUAAGAAAUUAACGAAUCUCUGACGACAAUCGAAAAAAUCGUGCGGAGCGCACGAGAUUGAACUAUGUGACCCCAAUCGAGAGCAUCAGAAUUUCUCCGACUAUCGCAGUUACUACACGACAUAUCGCAACGGAGUUGAUUACGUUGUAAAAUUUGUCUAGUUAAUAUUAGUGCGUGAUAGAGAAUUAUAUUAAUUAUUGGCAUCUCUCACACAUUACAAUUAUGCAAUCGAUAUAUUUACACAUUAUUAAUGUGCAAGGGAGGAUGAAAUGCGUUACGAUAACCGAGGGGUUAUCACUUUCAAGCAGUUCAAAACGAAAAGUCGCGUGACUCGUCACGUUUCUGCCCAAGACCCAUGAUUAUCGUAUCUCAUAAAAAAAAAAUAGUUACUAUUUCUGUAUCUUCAAAAAUGGAAAAAUACAUAUUGGUUUUUUCCCCUUUCACAAUAAAGAUUACAUAUUUACAUGUA